CAGCACAUUGAUGAUAAUGACUGUACGCUGAGAUUGUGCGAAUUGCGCGUAUUGGCGUAAAUUGUUCUCUCCACUCUCCAGUCGGUACUCGGUAGUCUCCUUCCGUAGGUGGUCAAUAGUCGUGAGAACUGGGAACGUGGGAAUUUUCAGUUGAUACACAAAGCGCACAAUAUCGCUGUACAGUCGUACAGAUUUAUUGUAGCAAGUAGCAACGCGGAAGUCUGGUUCGAAGUUCCUCGUUCUACGAGUUUCUUUAUUUUACAUCUGUGACUUUUCCAACUGUGCCGUCAUGGAAUUUCCAAACUUGGGACAGAACUGCAGCAAAGAGACGUGCAAACGUUUAGAUUUCCUGCCAGUUAAAUGCGAUGCCUGUUCAGGUAUAUUUUGUUCUGAUCACAUGAGCUACAGCAGUCAUGAAUGUCAAUCUGCAUAUAAGAAAAAUGUACAAGUUCCCAUGUGUCCUUUGUGCAACAAACCAGUACCAAUACCACGGGGACAAGAACCAGAUUUUACUGUUGGGCAACACAUUGACAAUGAGUGUCGGUUUACUGAGGGUAGAAAGGUGUUCACAAAUAGAUGCAUGGUAACAAAAUGUCGAGGCAAGGAAGCUGUACCUUUGGUGUGUAGUGAGUGCCGUCAAAACCACUGUUUUAAACAUCGUCAUCCUUUGGAUCAUAGUUGCACAGGUAGUGCAAAAUCUGUUCAAAGAAAAGUGACGGAUGUUAAAAAUAUAUUUGGAACCAAUGGAAUUAUAAAAAAAGCUUUUACUGCAACUGCAAUACAGGGAAAUAUGAGUGAAGAUGAAGCAUUAGCUAGAGCCUUAGCUGAGUCUGAACGUUUGACCAAGGAAAAUACUACUAAUUCUCAAGCAAGAUGUUCUGUUGCAUAAAUUGUUUAUCAUUGUUAAAACAGGCACAAAAUGUAUCAUGUUUUAUUAAUAUUUUUAAGAGAUUAUUUUACAUUCCAAACAUUUAUUUUAUGUACUAAGAUGAAAUAUUUUAUUUAUAUGUUAACUGUGAUUGUGUAUUUUAAGCAAUACCGUUAAAAAUUGACCCACUAUAUAAAAUUAAAUAACCAGAACUCUGAGGUAAAAAAAAAACUAUCCGUCCUUGUUGGUGUUCAUAUUUGAAUUUUAAAUUUAAAUUUAUACCAUACAUUAACAUGAAUAAACUUGUUAUUUUAUUUAUGUUUACAAAUUUCAAUAAUUAUAAAUGUAAUUUGAUUCUACACAAUGUUUUAAUCUAGUGGAUCUACAUAUUAUAUGGAUUUUUUUCACAAAUAAUAAAUUGGUAUUUAAAUUGCAU